GCAAGAAACAUCUCUAACGCAGUGUCCUCAUGGAAGAUUUGGAGAAAAUGGCUGUGAACGCAAUAAGGGUGUGGUUGUUGUCUGUUCAGAGACCCUGCAGCAGCCCAACAUCUCCCUGACAUCUCUUGAUGGAGUACAGGUCUGGGGUCCUAAUGCAGAUGCAGAGGUCACCAAGGGCCAUAGCUUUGUCUUUACCUGCUUCAUUAACUCAAGCCUCAAUCCAAGCCAUUUCAGUCUGAUCUUCUCCAACAUCUCACACAUCAAGCCAGCUGUCAACAACUCAGCUUCCUUUAGUUUCCCUGUAGCUGAGUAUAAACACCAGGGCAACUAUAGCUGUGUGUAUCACAUAACUCUGGAAUCACAGAACUUAACUUCUACGGAGUCAGCACCGAUUCAUGUCGUCAUCACAUUUCCUUGGCUGCUGCUGGUUUAUUUAGUAGUUCCUGCUGCGAUCCUGCUGCUACUGCUGGUCUUGAUGGUGGUGUGUCUGGUAAUCAGGAGACGACGAGCAAAACAACAUGAAGGCCAUGUCCAGAUGCAAAUUACUGUCCCAAACCGUUAUGAGGAGGAGGAGGAGGAGGAAGAGGAGAGGGACUAUGUGAAUGUUCAACCAGUGGACAGAAAAGAGACAAACGAAACACAAGAAGUGGAUGAAGACAAAACUGAUGAUCAUGAUUAUGAGAACAUGGAGAAUGAAGAUAAUUACAUAGGAUGCACACUGCUGUCUGUGAGUAUAGAGGACAGAGCAGAGGAAGACACAGACGAAACCAGUGAUGAUGAUAAUUAUGAGAACAUGAAGGGUGAAGAUAAUUACAAAAGAAGCACACCGCUGUCAGUGAGUAUAAAGGACAGAGCAGAGGAAGACACAGAUGAAACCAGUGAUGGUGAUAAUUAUGAGAACAUGAAGGAUGAAGAUAAUUACAAAGGAUGCACACAACUGUCUGUGAGUAUAGAGGACAGAGCAGAGGAAGACACAGACAAACCCAGUGAUGAUGAUGAUGAUGAUAAUAAUGAAAAUGACUAUGAAAAUGUAACGGAGGAAUAUGCCGAACAAACUGUAGACAUUUAUGGAGAGCAGCAGAAAUUUUAUCAAAUCUUUUAGGUUUCCAAUGAUUAGUAUCAACUUGGGGAGCCAACAUAUGAGAACUACACAAGAAGAAUACACACAUCAACACUUUGAAGUCCUUUGAUC